AUGGGGACCACAGAACCCGGCGAGGUCGAAUCAAUAUCCAGUUCGAAUGAAGACGGCAAGCCUGUGCGCAAUGAGUCUUCCUCCGAUCCCGACAGCCACCGAAGCGAGCCUUCAUCCAACGAGAAAGAGGAAGAACAAACACAAGAUGCGCCUGCCGUACCGUUUUCGCCAGCGCGAGAAUUUCUUUUCGUCUUCACAAUAUGCAUGGCCCAGUUCCUAUCGCUCGCAGGCCUUGCACAAUCGGUAGCACCACUGGCAAUCAUAGGGCAGAGUUUUGGUGUGACGGAUGAAGGUCUCUUGAGCUGGUAUCCGGCGGCAUUCUCAUUAACGCUUGGAACAUUCGUCCUGCCCGCUGGAAGAUUGGGAGACAUGUACGGUCAUCGAAACCUCUGCUUGAUGGGAUACGCAUGGUACGCAGUCUGGUCGACAAUCGCCGGAGUCUCCGUGUACAGCGGCGACAUCCUGUUCAGCUUCUCCCGCGGCAUGCAAGGAAUCGGACCCGCAAUCGUAGUACCAAAUGCACUGGCACUCGUUGGAAUGGCUUAUGGAGCUAGCCCUCGCAAGAACAUGAUAUUCGCUCUCUUCGGCGCUUCAGCGCCCGUCGGGUGGGUGGCUGGUGCAGUAUUCUCAUCUAUACUGGCGCAGCUGGCCUGGUGGCCCUGGGCAUACUAUGCACUUGCAUUCGCAUGCAUAGGCAUGAUCGGAUUCAACUUGAUAGCGGUGCCCGCCGGCCAUCGGGAGCGGGCUGCUCGACUAAGCGACUUUGAUGCUCUUGGCUGUGCGACCGGUGUGAGCGGACUAGUACUCUUCAACUUCGCAUGGAACCAAGCCGCCGUGGUGGGAUGGCAAGAGCCGUAUACGUAUGCGCUCCUGAUAGUAGGGAUUCUGCUCCUAGGCGCGUUUGCCUAUGUCGAACUCAAUAUUGCCGCGCAUCCUCUCGUACCGCUGCGAAAGAUGAAAGCCGAGGCAGCUCUGGCCCUCGCCGUGGUCGCGUGCGGGUGGGCGUCAUUUGGAGUAUGGGUGUUUUACCUUUGGAGACUGAUUGAGAGCUUAAGGGGGUACUCUGCGCUAGCGGCUUGCGCACAGAACGCGCCUGUUGCGAUCUCCGGAUUGGUGGCAGCACUUGGAACUGGAUUCAUGCUCUCGCACGUCAAGGUGCCCUAUGUGUUGCUGUUAUCGACCCUCUUCUUCCUGGCUGGACAGAUUCUGCUUGCAACAGUGCCGGUCGAUCAAACCUACUGGGCUCAAACGUUCGUCUCAAUCAUCCUUAUGCCCUGGGGUCUAGACAUGUCGUUCCCGAGCUCGACAAUUCUACUAAGUAAUUCCACGCCACCCGAAGAUCAAGGAGUGGCAUCGUCUCUAGUCAACACCACCGUCAAUUACAGCAUAUCCCUCGGAUUGGGUAUCGCUGGGACAAUAUUACGUCAGGUCAACUCCAGCGGCACGGACGUGCUUGCUGGAUACCGUGGAGCAUGGUAUUUUGGCAUUGGUCUUGAUGGGCUGGCCGCAGUAAUUGCUUUGUACUUUGUUUGGAAGUACUGA